UUUGUUUGACCCAAACUGACUAACAUUGUUCCAAACGUUUCCAACAUGAAGAAAACGUCGUGUCUUUAGCUUGUGUUUUGUGCCGAAAUUGUAUUUUUAUUGUUCUCCUCGUGCGCUCGUUUUAUUUUCUAAGCGGCUCACUCCUCUUCCGGUGCCCCCCACCCGGCCCGUCCGUCUGUCCCCGCGGAUCCUCGCUAGUCCGGUGUAGGUUGACGGUGCGAGUCCAGGUCGCCGGUCCCGAGUGUCAGGGUCGCUGGGAUGCGGUGCGCACUCGUCAAGUGGACUCUGUUUGGAGGAGCAGCAGAGAGGACCUGCUGACAGGAGGGAGGGAGGGAUGCCUGCUGGUCCUGGACUGGUGCUGGUCCAACGAUGAGCCAGAGUGACAGAAGACAAUAAACCAUCAUCUCCGCCAGCGUCCCUGGAUGACCCGAGUCUGGAUGUUGUCCUUCAUUAUUCAUGUGACGGGCAGCUGCCCUUGAAGGUUCCUCGCUCUCAGCCAGACAGAGAUGGAAGACCACGAAGAGGCCGAGCUGUCCGAGUCCCUCCGGAAGGAAGAGCUGGAGGAUCCGGGGGUGGACUUCAAGUCGAAGAGCCUGCCGGUGUUGACCGAGGCAGAGCCCCAGAAGGAGACGCUGCUGAGAAGUUCGGUGAGGAUGUCGAUCACGGCGGAGGAGAGCGCCGAGUUCAUUCAGCUCCCGGCCACUGCCGAGUCCCUGCAGGCCGACUCCCCGGCAAGAACAAGCUACUUAGCAAAGCCGGGGAAGUCGGCCUUGAACCGGCCCAGCUCCAACACGGAGACCAGCCGGAGCAAGAAGGUCGCCAGGAGGAAGCCUGUGGGGUUCUUCGCUGCCCAGAUGGCUAGACUGAGGAUGCCCAGCAGGAAGUACCUGUCCGUGGUGCUGCAGGACUCUCGCUGCUUCCUGUUCUGCAUGUGCUACCUGACGUUCAUCCAGUCGCUCAUGGUGUCGGGCUACCUCAGCAGUGUCAUCACCACCAUUGAGAAGAGGUACAGCCUCAGGAGCUCUGAGUCGGGCCUCCUGGUCAGCUGCUUCGACAUCGGGAGCCUCCUGGUGGUGGUCUUCAUCAGCUACUUCGGGGGGCGGGGCCAGAGGCCACGAUGGCUGGCGGUCGGCGGGAUCCUCAUCGCUGUGGGCGCCGCGCUUUUCUCCUUACCUCACUUCAUCUCGCCGCCGUACCAGAUUCAGGAAGUCAAUUCGUCGUUGGCCAACGAGGGUCUCUGCAUGAACGGCAACACCAGUGGGCGGGACCGGGUCGACAUCACUUCCUGUCCCAGAGACCAGGAGGGCAACGAGCACAACGUCUACGUGGCAUUGUUCAUCAUCGCACAGAUCCUGGUGGGCAUGGGCUCCACGCCCAUCUACACCCUUGGACCCACCUACCUGGACGACAACGUGAAGAAGGAGAACGCGUCGCUGUACCUCGCGAUCAUGUACGUGAUGGGUGCGCUGGGACCUGCAGCUGGCUACCUGCUCGGUGGAGUCCUCAUCGGUUUCUACGUGGACCCCAAGACCGCCGUGACCAUCGACCAGAGCGACCCCCGCUUCAUUGGGAACUGGUGGAGCGGCUUCCUGCUGUGUGCCGUGGCCAUGCUGCUGGUCAUCUUCCCGAUGUUCACCUUCCCAAAGAAGCUGCCGCCGCGACACAAGAAGAAGAAAAGGAGGAAGAAGCUAAGUCUGGACGACCUGUCGAGCGACGACGAUGUCCUCAAAGAGAAGAGCAACAACAGCAAGAGCCAGCAGGUGACCUCCUCCAUGGGCUUCGGCAAGGACAUCAAAGACCUUCCCAAGGCAGCGGUUCGGAUCCUCAGCAACGUUACCUUCCUCUUCGUCAGUCUGUCCUACACUGCAGAGAGCGCCAUCGUCACUGCCUUCAUCACCUUCAUACCGAAGUUCAUCGAGUCCCAGUUCGGCAUCCCGGCAUCCAGUGCCAGCAUCUACACUGGUGUGAUCAUCGUGCCGAGUGCCGGCGUGGGCAUCGUGCUAGGCGGUUACAUCAUCAAGAAGCUGAAGCUCGGCGCUCGCGAGUCGGCCAAGCUGGCGAUGAUCUGCAGCGGUGUGUCACUGCUCUGCUUCUCCACGCUCUUCAUCGUGGGCUGCGAGAGCAUCAACCUGGGCGGCAUCAACAUCCCCUACACCACCGGGCCGACUCUCACCAUGACUCAGAGGAACUUGACCGGCGGCUGCAAUGUUAACUGUGGCUGCAGGAUCCACGAGUACGCUCCGGUCUGCGGCUCUGACGGUAUCACGUAUUUCAACCCGUGUCUGGCCGGGUGCAGCAGCGUCGCCAACGACAGCAGCGGGAUCCGGAACUACUCGGACUGUGCGUGUGUCCAGAGCCGGCAGGUCAUCACGCCGUCGUCCGGCAGCCAGGGUGGGAACCAGCUGCAGGUGGUCAUUGUCAAGACCUACCUGAACGAGAACGGCUAUGCCGUGUCGGGGAAGUGCGAUCGCACCUGCAGCACGCUCAUCCCCUUCCUCAUCUUCCUCUUCAUCGUCACGCUCAUCACCGCUUGCGCUCAGCCGUCCGCCAUCAUCGUCACCCUCAGGUCUGUGGCGGAGCAGGAGCGACCCUUCGCUCUUGGGAUGCAGUUUGUCCUCCUUAGGACUCUCGCUUACAUUCCGACCCCGAUAUACUUUGGCGCCGUCAUCGACACCACCUGCAUGUUGUGGCAGCAGGACUGCGGCGUUCACGGUUCCUGCUGGGAGUACGACGUGACCUCCCUGCGCUUUGUUUACUUCGGCCUCGCCGCCAGCCUCAAGUUCCUUGGCUUCCUCUUCAUCUUCCUCACCUGGUACUCCAUCAAGUACAAGGAGGAGCGAGUGGAGCGCUGGCUCAAGCGCCACCUCAUGCCCGUGGACACGGUAGGAAGCCUCGUGUGCCACCCCGGGGGCCACAAGGGACACGCCCGCACCCGCUCCUGCCCCGUCAACAUUCCCCGCAGUGACCACGGUGCUCUGCUGGCUAAUGGGCCCCCACGUGCUGGCGCCCUGAACCGCGGCGUCAGCACGCAGAGUUGCCCCGGCGAUGAGCUGAAAGCAAUAACACCACCCCCUCCUGUGGGCACUGCGGUGCCCCCUGGCCCGGCGCAAUCCCUGGAACAUGUCUCAGUCAGAGUCUGAAAGUCCUAUUGGACCUAGUCUUGGGGUCACCAGUUAUCCACUUGAUAUUGGAUCGCAAAUACUGGUGGGACAAUAGCGGUCUUGAGACUGCGAAGACCAGAAGGCGUCAGUUAUCUUUUGGUCCACCUUGCCGCAGAGCCCCCCACCCACCCACCCCUACGGCAACAUGUGCCUUCUGUCACAGUCGUCACUUGUACAGGACAUGGACUCUCGGGGCGGCUCUGAACAGAUACCUCAGCAUCGCGUCACCCUCCCCGCCCCCCCAAACCCUUUGCCUUUUUUAAGAAAUAAAGAAAAACGUGAAACACUAGACGUGUUCAGGACUGGAAACCGAUGGCAUGGUGCUACGUGAAAAUGUCUCAUGGUGAAGAACUUUCCUGGACGUCUCGGCAACAGUCCGAGUCUCUGCUGGACGCUUUUGCCAAUACCACUCUGAGUCCCCGAAACCCUGCCUCAUCAGUAGUCUGGACUCCAAACCACAGUCCAGCCGGGACGAUGCGCCGCACAAACUCCUGCUUCAAGACGUCUUGUUGGUCCCUUGUCGUGCGGUCGGAGGUUCCUCCCUGCUGAGCUGUGGUUCUGGAUUCAGUAGUUCCUCUUCAUGUAGUCCACAGUUGGUCCCCACAGUCAUGUAGACUAGAAUUUCAUCAUCUAAAGUUGGGAACGCUGAUCCACAUCGAGGUGACAGGAACUCUGGUUAGUCCCAGUAGAUGUUGGUCCUCUGACCGCCGGCAGCUCGCCGACUGUGGCGCCACCUGCAGGAGCGACCGAGUAUUUUUAUCGAACACGACUGAAUUAUUUUGUUUUUGACUCUGUUGUCGAGAGAAUAAAGCUCAACUGA